AAAUCGCUGCAGAUAGCAAAAUACGUUAUUUAUUUGAAACGAAUUUCACUGCCGAGUUUCCCAAAAAUCCCACGAAAUAAUAUUUUAUCAAUAAUUAUAAUCAUUAUUUACGGUUACUGAAUAUUCAUGUAGUGUUAACUUAUGAAAUGCUCGCGUGACAAAAGGACAUCUUGAAAGCUUCUCACUGUGCUUGCAUUGUUAUACAAAGAUGGAGAACAAGAAACCCGCUGGUGAUAAUUUCAAAGUGCCAACGUUGCCAGUAGGCCGCCCCCUGCAGUCGAGCACCAAAGCGAACAUCCCAGACACGAAGGAAUCCACUUCAGCGGGCCUGAAGAGUGCACACGAGAAGAAAAGUUCCUGGGCACUGACAGACUUCGACCUCGGGCGGGCACUGGGCAAAGGUAAAUUUGGAAAUGUAUAUCUGGCGCGCGAAAAGGAGUCCCGAUACGUGGUGGCGCUGAAAGUGCUGUUCAAGAGCCAGAUCCUGGACGCGGACAUCGAGCACCAGGUGCGGCGCGAGGUGGAGAUCCAGUGCCGGCUGCGGCACCCCAACAUCCUGCGCAUGUACGGCUACUUCCAUGACGAGAAGCGCAUCUACCUCAUCCUGGAGUACGCCAAGCACGGCGCGCUCUACAUGCUGCUCAAGCAGCGCGGCCGCUUCGACGAGAAGACUGCCGCCAUCUACAUCCGCGACCUCACCAAGGCUCUCAUCUACUGCCACGCCAAGAAAGUGAUACACCGCGACAUCAAACCUGAGAAUAUACUUAUAGGACACAAUGGAGAGCUGAAAAUAGCUGACUUUGGGUGGUCCGUGCACUCCCCGUCCUCUAGAAGAAUGACACUCUGUGGAACGUUGGACUACUUAUCACCGGAGAUGAUUGAAGGGAAGCCCCACAGCUACGCAGUUGACAUUUGGAGUCUCGGUGUGUUAUGCUAUGAGCUACUUGUAGGAUUACCUCCAUUUGACGCCAAGCACUCAAAUCAGACUUAUUUGAAAAUUAGGUAUGUAAUAAUUAAGUAUCCGGAGUAUGUGUCUGAAAAGGCAAAGGAUCUCAUGGGCAACCUGCUGGUGGUGAACCCGGAGAACCGCCUGCCCCUCGCCACUGUGCUGCAGCAUCCCUGGAUUGUAGAGAAUGCCCCGCCGGGGGCGCUGCCACCUGCCUUCAACCCUGACCCUAAUGUAAAAGUAGAGAAUAAACAAUAAUUGCAGCUAAUGUUAAUUAUUAGUGGUUGUUUAAAUUAUGACAGCAUUACAAGCUUCUAAUUCAUUGAUUUGAAAAUAAGAUCAUUAAUGUAAUUUAUAGUUCAAUGAAUGAUUCCUCAUUGCUGGGGCUGGUUUUCUACUGUGAAAAUUAAAUUGUUUAUCUGCUAUUCUUGAAUGUACAGUCUUUUGUGAUAUAGGACAAGUCAAAAUACAAACAUAUAUCAGACUUUCUCCUAUUUCUUCAAUUGUGUAUUUAUUUCUCAGUGACUGUACUCACUGUAGUCUUAAGGGGUCAUCCAUUAAUUACAUCACACGUUUAGGGGGAGGGAGGGGGUCAAGAAAAUGUGACAUAUUGUGACAUGGGGGAGGGGGGAGACAUAAACUUUGUGACGUCACUUUAACUUCAUCAGUAACCGAAAAUUUAUUUAAAUUAUUUUAUUGUUUUUUUUUUUUUAAAUCCUUUUUGACUAAUGAAUCUAAUGAUGUAGUAGUGAAGUAUUACCUACACCACUACAUCACAUAUAAGUAUAGUUUGCACAUCAACCUGGCCUCGUCUGAUAGUGGCGAUGCCAGGACGAUGUUGCAACUACCUAUGUUGGUAGAUUUAAUAAAUGUCAUGUCAUUCCUCAGCGCCUCAUUACGGACACAUUCCAUCAACACAUGGUGAACAUCUUCUAUUUUAUUGCACUCUUGGCAAUUUGGUGAAGCCGCUAGUUUCAUCAGGUGCUUGAAUUUGUUUGACGGAAUGUGCCCGGAACGAAGUCUGAGGAGUAUUUUAUUGUUGUACUUUUAAAUAACAAGUUUUUAAAACGAUAAUCGUUAUUAUUCGUUUAAUUUUCUUUCCUAAGCAGUUUUGGGUUAUAAAAUUACUAAUAUUUAUAUCGUCAAAAAUAUUUUGUAAAAAUAUUAAUAAUACUUAGGUAGGUACUUACUUAUUUCGAUUUGGCGAUUUCGUAGAAAAAAUGUGACGUCACACUAGGGGGGAGGGGUUUGCCAAAUGUGACCAAGUGUGACAAGGAGGGGGGGAGGGGUCAAAAAACCUAGAAAUUCGUGUGACGUAAUUAAUGGAUGACCCCUAAUAUGAACACACAUUUAGCAUAUUGUUCAUUAAAAUAUAGGGCUAUGUGUAAAAUAAUAAUGCCAUUUUAUUAGGAAUACUGUUUGUAGUUGUUAGUAGCCUAAUUUGUAUUUUAAUGUUAUGAAAUGUAAUUAGAUGGUGAUUUAUCUGUAUAAUUAUGGUAUCUAUUUUGCUAGGGGUUGGGAAAUAAUUGUAGUCAAUGUCGUCAUCCCUGCAUUUAUUAUGUGUAGACAUUUGGACUCAAGUUCAUUUGGUAUGUUCAUUCUAAAGACUAAUUAUGACUGAACUAGAUUUAAAGAAAUGUUAACUUAAAUCAUGAUCUUAUUGUAUAGUUUAAAUACAUAAU